AUGAACUAUGUGGGCCAGUUGGCGGAGACGGUGUAUGAAGCAGUGAAAGAACUGUACCAAGGCCUGAACCCUGCCACACUAUCGGGUGGUGUCGAUGUGUUAGUAGUGAAACAUCCAGAUGGCUCCUUCCUCUGCUCCCCUUUCCACGUUCGUUUUGGCAAGUUGGAUGUCCUGCGAACCAAGGAACAGGUGGUUGACAUUGAAAUUAAUGGGAAGCCAGUGGACCUGCAAAUGAAACUGGGAGUUGAUGGAGAAGCUUUCUUUGUCCAGGAGCCAGAAAGUAGUGAAGAGGAUCUCCCCUUCAGCCGGUGUUGUUCGUCUUUCCCUUUGGACACCUCGAAUGAGAUGCUGACAGACUUCAUUGUGGAUGCCCGCAGAAAGAGCGCACGCCCACGCAGCAUCUCUCGGAAGAAGCGCCUCCGGAAGAAGGCCAAGAAGAAGGAUGAGAAACUACCAGGAUCAAUAAUAUCAGCAGAUACAAGUUCUGAGGAGCUGGAAGAUGCAUAUGAGACAUUACUAGAAGAUAAAGCCUCUUCCUUAUAUUCUUUCAGUUCAUCCUCAGAAUAUCUAACAUCCUUCAAGAGUGAUUCUGAGGUGGAGAGAGACUCAGACUGCAAGAGGUCUAAAUGCCAUAAGUCAUCGUGCUGCUGCAGGAAGCCUCGGGUGAAGAAAUUUGAGUCUUCGGACAGGAUGAGGGAAGAGAGUUUCGAUACAACCGUUCCUUAUUUUUGGGAAGAGUCAAAUGAAGAUUUACCCAGUUCACAAAAGAGAAGCUAUCACAUGGGACCAAAUGAUAUCUACCUUGAAGACUUGCCUUCCCUUAAUUCAAGUAGUGCUGCCCUUUACUUCCCCCCAAGUUGUUCUAGGUGUGAUGACAGAUUCUGGGAUGCAUCCACCCACCCAGAGAUCAUUCAGCCCAAGAUCCAAGUCCCAGAAGAACAGAAGAAUAACAUUACGCUCUCUCUAUGUGGUGGAUUGAAUGAAAACCAGGGCAUCUCCACAGAGAAGUUUUCCAAACACAUCAUCUCCUACCAGGAUCUCGCUAAUGACCCAGGAAUCCUGCAGGACCCCAGACUUGUGGUGAAAAUCGAAGAUAAGCAUUACAACUGGGCUGUAGCUGCCCCAAUGAUCCUGUCCCUACAGGCCUUUCAGAAGACUUUGCCCAAGAGUACUGUUGACAUGCUGGUGAAGGAGAAAAUGUCCAAGAAGUCUAGCAGUUCUUGGUGGUUCUCUUGGAGGCGAAAAGACUGGAUACCUGAGGAUGAAAUCCAGGAGGAUAUAAGUCCAUCAAGUUUACAGUCCUACAUUACCAGCAGGUGGAAGCUACAUCCUUUUACUAUUGAGGACCCCCUCGACCCCGUCGUGAACUUUGAUGCCCCUUCAGGCAAACCUCCAGUUAGAAUCCCUAACUUCAAGAAGACCCUUCGUCUCUCUUCUGAUCAGAUUCGAAAUUUAAACCUGAAGGAGGGAUCCAAUGAGGUGGUGUUUAGUGUGACUACUCAGUACCAGGGUACCUGCCGUUGCCAAGCUACCAUCUAUCUGUGGAAUUGGUCUGACAAGGUGGUAGUCUCAGACAUCGAUGGGACCAUCACUAAGUCUGAUGCUUUGGGUCACAUUUUGCCCCAGCUGGGGAAGGACUGGACUCACCAUGGCAUCAUCAAACUUUACCACAAAAUUCACCUAAACGGGUACAAGUUCCUUUAUUGUUCGGCUCGAGCUAUUGGCAUGGCGGACAUCACUAAAAGAUACCUGAAGUGGGUGAAUGAUCAGGGCUGUGUUCUCCCCCGAGGCCCCCUCCUCUUGACCCCCAGCAGCCUCUUCUCUGCCCUUCACAGGGAGGUGGUUGAAAAGAAGCCUGAGGUGUUCAAGACUGCAUGCUUGAAGGACAUCCUUCACCUAUUCAAGCCCGGAGGAGAUCCCUUCUAUGCGGGCUUCGGGAACCGUAACAGUGAUGUCCGGGCCUAUCUUCACGUAGGGAUUCCCAAAUGCCGAAUCUUCACCGUCAACCCCCAAGGACAACUCAUUCAGGAACUUAUCAAGAACCACAAGACCACGUUUGACCACCUCCUAGAGACCGUGGAGCACAUGUUUCCACCUAUCAACGCGGGGCCCACCGUAAAGUUGAUCCAUCCAGAGUUCAGUGGAUUCUGCUAUUGGAGGAAACCCUUGGCUGCAAUUGACCUGUCAGAGAUCCAUUAG